CGUAAUUUAACAACACGUGGAAAGCGUACAGACGGGCUCUGGGCGAAGCGCAUUGAAUUCCAAGAUCUGUUUCACUACAACCACUUCCAGCAAUGGCGAAGAGUUUACGGAGCAAAUGGAAGAGAAAAAUGCGUGCGGAAAAGAGAAAGAAGAACGCACCUAAAGAACUGGCAAGGCUCAAAUCGGCCUUGGGCCACGAAGGCAAGGGUGAAAUUACUAUGAAAGACAUAUCGGAAAUCUCUACGGUAGUGCCAGCGGAGAAGCUGAAGGCAAAGCCAGGAGAGGUGGACAUGGAGGGUGGAGAUGGGGCCGGUAAAAUGGACCUGGAUGACAAGCUCAACAAGAAAACCCUGCUCAAUGAACACGGACAGUACCCAACAUGGAUGAGUCAACGACAAAUCAAAAAACAGAAGGCCAAACGAAAUCCCAAGAAAGUAGGAAACUCCAAGAAGCAGAAGAAGUUGGCGUGGUAGAGACUGUCUUAUAUUAUCGUUCCAUAGAUUCAGUGAGAAUGAGUCUCUGCAAGUGCUCUGGGAAACGGAGAUGGUUUUUUUCAGCUUAACUCAAGUUGAUGGAAUCAUCGAUAUUCCCUCUGUGUGCCCUCUUAAUGUAAAAUAUUUUGUAAGUAUUUACAUUGAUUGAAUUGAUUGUGAUGUGAGAAAUAUAAGUCUGAACUUUCUAUUUUAUUCUAUUCUCUGAAUCGAAGAGAACUCUCUGUCUGCUUGAUAUUGUUCCCUUGGGACAGUCACUUAUCUCAAUAUAUAUUUCUGUAUUGUGUUGGUAACACUUCUGUAAUGAGAUCACUGUACACACACAGCCUCAUUAUAACACUUGAUGUGGUUAUCACUGAUUGUGAUUAAAAAAAACUUUUUUUGUUGGACCUUUAACAUUCAUUAUGUCUGCAUCAUUAAACAGUUGAAAAUGUA